AUAAAUGGCUAACACAUUCGAAAUAUUUAAAUAAGAAAUCAAAGAAAAAACACAAGAACAGUAAGGUAAAUUAUUGGAAUUUGAUCUUGAAAAUGUUAAGAUUGAGAAAUUAGACAAAUAGACUGCUGAUCUUCUUGAAAAACAAAAUCAGCUAGAAUCUUUAAGUCUUGUAGAGUGCUCUUUAAAGACACUUGAAGGAUUUCCAAAAUUACCAAAUUUAUAGAAUUUGGUGUUAGAAACAAAUUCUUUAGAUGGAUAGGCAAUUAAAUUUAUCGCCAACACCUAUCCAAAAUUGAUGUGUUUAAGUUUAGCAGAAAAUUAAAUAAAAACAUUCUCUGUAUCUUAUUAUAAUAUCAUUAGGAAUUGGAGCCCAUAAAGAAUUUAAAAAAAUUACAAUAAUUAGAUUUAUCUGAUAAUCCUAUAUCUGAAUAGGCAGAUUAUUUUAAAAAUGUGUUUGAUUUAGUUCCCGGAUUAUAGGUUUUAGAUAAUAAAGAUAAAAAUGGAAAUGAUAUUUAAUAUUCUGAUGAUGAAGAAGAUGGAAAUGGAGCAGAAGGUUCAGAAGAUUCAGAAGAAGAUUUAGAUGAUGACGAUGAUGAUGAAGAUGAUGAUGAAGAGGAAUCAAGUCCUAAACCAGUUAAAAAAACAAAAAAAUGAUAAAUUUUUUAAAGAUUAUUUUG